AUGUCUGACUUAGUUGCAAAGAUUGAAAAUUUUUUAACACAAGGAACCCUGGAAACGAUUUGUGGAGCAUCUGUUGUCUAUUUGGCAAUGGAUGGUGAUGCACUUUAUGAUUAUAGUGACCUCGAAGUUUUG